AUGCUUCAACCCUCGUCCUCCCAUCCACAACACAGCCACCAUCACCACCAUCCCCGCGGCGAUCACCAAACAACACAUUCCCCUUCUCAUCGACACGAGGCUUCAUCAUCAUCAUCGAUACAUCCCAUAGAAAGUGUUCAAGGAUUUGUCAUAUUUCUUUCCAACAUUGAUAUCAACACGGAAGAGGAUACUCUGAAAGAUGUACUUUCCGAUUACGGACGAGUUAUUUCACUACAUUACGAAUUAUCCCGAAGAACAGGAUAUCCAAUUGGGUAUGCUCUAGUAAAAUAUGAAACAAAAGAAGAGGCUCAACAAGCCAUCCAUGCACUCAAUGGAAAACACCAAUUUGGAAACAAAAUAGUCAAAAUCGAUUGGUGUUUUAAGGAAGGACCUCCUUCUUCUUCAUCAUCAUCAACAACUUUAGAAAGUGAUCAACACACAGAAUUAAGUUCAGAAUCAUCCAAUGAUUCAUCAGUACUGAAAAGAAAGAGAGAUAAUGAAUGGGAGGAAUCUUCUGAGGCUCGACCAACGACGUCGCAGGAUGAAAGCACAAAUUUGAAAAGCGAACCUAUUACAACUGAAGAAAUUUCACAACAAGAACAAAUCAGUCAAGUAGAACCACCACAAAAAAAGAAUAAAUAA